UGAGCACAUGAAGAAGGAAAGAGGAACGCUGGAGGAACACAUUAGAGCUGAAAAGAGGUUAGCAAGUGGUGAUGUCUUGUAACAUUGUAUCAACAUCUUCAAAAAGACUUGCUUGUUAUUUUCACGUAGAUGGGAAGUUUGUGGAAAAUGACGAUGGCGAAGUUAAAUACUGUGGUGGGACUGUUAGAGUAAGAGUAAUAAAGGAGGGUACAAAACUUGAAGAUUUGAGGGCAAUGAUAGGAGAAUGGUUCAGCAUGGAUUGUCAUGGCUGUGACAUUAAAUACGCUUUGAGUUUUGAUGAGAGGGUAUUGGUAGAUCUUAUAGAUGAUGGUGAAGUUGAUAAUCUAUUUGAAUAUAAUGACCGUAAUGCACAUAUUUAUAUAGCACAUAAAGGUAAUGACAAUGUGGAGGAAGGAAUGGGUUAUCCAGAAACGAUCUCAAGAAUGGUAGGACUGUCAGAACAGAGUGAUGAGCCUACGUUGGAGGGAAAUGCUUUGGAAAGUACAAGUUCUGGAGGCAGUGAAAGACCUAAUGUAAGCCUACCAUACGGAGUAGUGAGUGCACCUACACCUUUGCCAGAGGUGAAUUCUUUGAAAUGGAAGGAAUUGUUGUUAGGACAGAACUAG